AUUAUCGAGUUUCAUCAAGCGAAAGUCAAUAAUAUUCAGCGUUUGGUCAUUUUCCUAAAACCUUCGCUCACGGCAUAGAAUAGAUAGAGAUUAGUUCACUACAUCAUUUGUUCGGUGUAGCGUGAUGGAAUGGUAUUCAUGUCAUGUAAUGACUUGUCCUGCUAAGAUCGCGUGACUUCUCAACCAUACCAGAAUCUCGAUAGCUAAUGGACACCCUAAUUAAUGCUAAAGUAGUGAUCUUGGGCAAAACCAACUCUGGCAAGUCCUGUUUAUUCGAGAGAUAUUUACACGACAGAUAUAUGGAGAGCACUGAACCGACAAUAGGAGCAGCGUUUGGAAGCAGAACUGUGAACGUUGGCAAUAUCAGAGUGACCCUUGGAAUAUGGGAUACAGCAGGAUCAGAACGUUACGAUGCGAUGAGCCGUGUAUAUUAUCGCGGUGCUAAAGCUGCAAUCAUAUGUCAUGACCUCACUGAAGAGAAUAGUUUUCAUAGAGCAAAAUAUUGGGUGAACGAGUUGCAGACAUACGAAGAGUCUUGUAAGCUAUAUCUGUGCGGAACAAAGCAGGAUCUUUUCAAUGCAAAUAACGCAGAAGGAAAAUCUUUAGCUGCAGCAGUUCAACAGUACGCAGAAGAAAUCGAUGCUAGAGUCUUCGAGACAUCGAGUAAAACUGGUUAUGGUGUAGAAAGAUUGUUACGUAUCGUAGCUGAAGACUGCGCUAAAGAAAUCCCCGAUACUACAGAUAAAAACACAUGCGAUGUAAAAGCAGAUUGCUCUGAACACGAACCGUCCAAGAAAACACGUUGCUGUGCUUGACCUAUCGAGUAUUCAGUACUCUUGAUAGAAUACACGUUUUACGACCUGUAUUUAUAGCGCGAAACUCAAAACUGUGACUAUCAUCCUCCAAAUAGCGAUUAAAUCAAAAAUAAGAUAAGACGAUCCUACGAUGAAUAUUGAAAGAAGGCAGGGAGAGAAAUAUGCGAAUACAUUAUUAGUAGUCAUACUUUUGGGCGUCGCGAUGUAAAAUACAAUGAAGACACAAGACCAUCAUGAGUUUCACGUGCCGAGCAAGUUUAACAUGGCCAAUGCUGUUGAAGUAUUAUUAUCGUAUUUAAGGAAAUAAAAGUAAAAUAUAAUUA